AAAGGUGGUGACGUAGAGGGAGUGAAAGAUAGAUAAAGAGAGAGAGGGAGAGAGGAAUUGGUCACUCCCUGUACUGACAGAAAAGCCCGCACCAGCGCGCGCCUGCACACGCACAUUUAAGAUAGCAUUGCAAUUUGCAGAGCAUCAUGGCGGUGCCGGGCCCGCUGAGCCCGCGCGAGGGCACGGUGGCCAAGAACCUGAGCCUGGAGUCCCUACAGCUAUGCGAGAGAGACGGUAAGGCAGAGGAAAGUGGUGUCAUGGAGAUGGAGCUCCCCGUUCCCCUCAACAUUCGGAUCAGCAACAUCACCUGCGACUCCUUUAAGAUCUGCUGGGAAAUGGACCCUCGCACCAAAGAGAAGAUCACGCACUACUUCAUCGACCUGAACAAGAAGGAGAACAAAAGCUCCAAUCAGUUCAAACACAAGGACGUUCCCACUAAACUGGUGGCCAAGGCCGUGCCGUUGCCGAUGACCGUGCGGGGCCAUUGGUUCCUGAGCCCGAGAACCGAGUACACAGUCUCUGUGCAAACCGCGUCCAAGCAGAGCGAUGGAGACUACGCCGUGUCUGAAUGGAGCGAUAUUGUGGAAUUCUGCACUGCAGAUUACUCCCCUGUGCAUCUGAAUCAGCUGCUCCAGAAGGCUGAGGUUAUCGCCGGCAGGAUGCUCCCCUUCUCUGUCUUCUACCGUAAUCAGAACCAAGAGUACUUUGACUACUGCCGCAAUGAGCAAGGAGGCCGAAUGCUCCCCUCGGUGAAGGACAACAGCGGAAGUCACGGCUCUCCGCUUAGCGGCAAGCUGGAGGGCAUCUUCUUCAGCUGCAACACGGAGUUUAACACUGGCGAGCCCCCGCAGGAUUCUCCGUAUGGCCGCUACCGCUUUCAGAUCGGCGCCGAUGAGCUGUUCGGGCCCAACACGCGUCUCUAUUUCGGCGACUUUUACUGCAUGUACACAGCAUACCACUAUGUGAUCCUGGUGCUGGCGCCACGCGGGUCGCCCGGAGACACCUACUGCAGCGAGAGGCUGCCUGAGCUGGACGCAACCAAAAACCGCUUCCUGACCCGCGUCUGCGGUGAAGACGGGCUCGUGGAGUUCCGCCACGCUCAGGACGUCAUCCUGGAGAUCAUCUACACGGAGCCUGUGGAGCUGACGCGUGGCACCGUAGCCCAAAUAAGCGGCCAUCAGCUCAUGAGUAUGUCCACUGUCAACGCCAAGAAGGACCCGAGCUGCAAGACGUGCAACAUUAGUGUGGGACGCUAACUCUCACCCGGGACUUACCAACCGAAUCUGUCUGAUCUACAUACCACACAAGUGCAGACUCUAAUAUUAGCAUGUAUGCUAACUACCCAAUCCUCAGAUCACACCUCGAGACCCGCAGACAUUAGACCGGGAUGGUAAUGCUUGUACACAAACUGCCAACUAACACACACACACACACACACACACACACACACACACACACACACACACACACACUAACACAAAGCUGUCUCCGAAUUAUCAGAACUCUAAUAUCAGAAUGCAUCACUACACACCAUGACAAGUCCUAUGAUGAAAUAUGAGGGUGGGGUGCUGACACACAACCUCAGUCUGGACUUGUCAAGCAAUCAAGUGUGGAUGGGACACACAUGAGAACACUUCAAGAAGACCACUAAUGUUAGCGUCACAGAUCUACCCUGGCCACAUUGAAGGUCCUGCAACAUCAGUGUGUGAUGCUAACUCUGGUUAAUGAGCAGAAACAUCAACUCAACUAACUCAAAACUCAUACCCUUAACCAGUAUCUGAAGAAACCGUCAUGACCGCAAAAAAAAAAAUUCUUGGUUCUCUUGAUCUCUGUCACCUUCCUUUACACGAGCUUGCGAUCCCAAGUGGAAAGUACGUUAUUCUCUACAGGAAUGAGAAGACAUCUCCUGUCCUCAAUGCUGUACAUUUUGGGAUGUAACAAACAAAGGAAGAAAGAAUUGCAUCAUGUUCUGUCCCCUAGAAAAAGCUCUUUAAAAAAAAGUCCACUUUAUGAUGGAAGUGUUCGGAUCAUGGAGAUAUUAAACCAAACGUUUAUUCAAAA